CAACUUUUGAAAAGUUUCUCUUGAUCAUUGACUACUCCGGGCAUCAAAGACAUUUUGAAGUUUUGAACUCAAAUUCUUUAUUUCUUUGUCCCCUAAUUACAGAACUUUCCAUGAAAUUAAGUGACGAAUUGUGCUCGUCAUCUAAUUACGCACUGAACAACUUCUAGGAUCCUGCAUCAUCUUAUAUCCAAUUUUUCCAGGAAAUCCUCUGCAAGUUUACACCAUGUAGGACAAACACCAUCGUUACGAUAACGACAGAUUAAAUUAGUUUACCAAUCAAAGCUACUCAAGUGCAAUUGUCGUGCACUAUAAAUCACCUUGAAGUCAUCCAAUUCCUUGCACCAUUCAUCAACUAACAAGAAGAAGCAGUAAAUUACAUAAAAACCAAUUUCCCUCCCCGUCGAGUGUCAAUCCCUCACAUGGAUUUGAUGGCAACAAUGUCAAAACUCUUGUCGUUUUUCGAUAUUUUGCAUUACAUACCGGGCUUCAGGUUUUACAUUCCCUUCUUUCCAAUAUCUGUUCAAACAUUUGUCUUGGCCAUAACUCAAAUGAACUCGACGACUUCUAGCAAAGUCGUUGCAGAAUAUUGUUCUGCAGAGGAAGUAAGUACAGAAGAACUUUGCAUUGAUGAUAUGAAUGAGGUAAUACAUAGACUAGGAAUUGCAGGAAAAGAAACCGAUGAUCAUCGUGCAGGAAUUGGGAAUGUUGAUGUUAGCGAGCUCACAGAUAUAUUUCUUGACCAAGAGCCAACUCCGCAAGAGAUUAAGCAAGUGUUUGAAGUGUUCGACGUGAAUGGAGACGGGUUUAUUGAUGCCACUGAGCUUCAGAGAGUCCUGUGUGGGCUGUGCAUGAAAGAAGGAGCUGAAUUGGAACAGUGUGGGAGGAUGAUAAGUGCCUUUGAUGCUAAUGGAGAUGGUCUCCUGGACUUCGAAGAGUUUGUUUCUGUCAUGGAGAAGUGUUUCUCCUGAACUCAACUCAAACGUUUCUUAAUUUCCUUCUUUAAUAUUUCUCGAUCAGUAGUUUAGUUUCUUUAAUUUGUUGAGACGUAAACUUCAGAAUGCCAACCAACAAAUUGAUGUUGCAAUUGAAGCUCUCUAAUGCUUCUUUUUUGAAUUUCGCCAAAAACAUCAGCUUUGUUUAUUAUAACAAUAUAAAGCUUCACUGUCAAUGAAGAAUUGAUCUACCUUUGCCGUCCAAGAUUCUGUCUCCAAAUUGCAACAGACCACAAAAAAAAAUUCAACUUCCAUCCCAAUUUCUCCAAUCAGUGUUGUUCUCGUAACCUCAGUCCAACAUAUGUUGGUGCCAUUUGUGGUGAAGCAUUAUAGAGAGCUGCUCUCCAUUAGUUACUACAAAUCCUCAAAUUAAUCCUCAGAAAAAUAUACUUAACAUGGCCAGUGAUCAGGAAUCUCCAACGAAAGAAACCAACUCAAGGUAUGAUCAACAAGAACUCAUAUCCAAACUUCCCAAGGCAGAAACCGGGAUCCCGGCAAAAGAUUUAUAUCUAUACAAAGGAUUUUGGCACCCAAGGAGCUUCUUAGAAGGCACAAUUUCACUUCAACAAGACUCCAAGCCCAUUAAUCCAACAGACAUCAUACUCUGCAGUGCGCCUAAAGCCGGAUUCACUUGGCUGAAAUCACUCUGUUAUGCCAUCAUAACUAGAGAUCAAUUAGACGAAUCCUCCAGCCCUUUGCUGACAAAUGUCUCCCAUUCUCUCAUUCCUUAUAUGGAAAUCGAUCUUGUUAAAAACCCUCCAAACAGAAACCCUGAGUUUCCUCUGCUCUCAACUCAUUCUCCAUUUACUUCAUUACCAGAAUCCGUAAGAAACACGCCUGACUGCAAGAUUAUAUACAUUUGCAGGGAUCCAAAAGACACUCUUGUAUCACAGUGGCAUUACAUCAAACACAUGAUGAUAGAUGGCGUUUCAAUCGAGUUUUGGUUCGAUCGAUUUCGUGAAGGAAAAAUCCCAUGGGGGCCGUAUUGGGAUCAUGUACUGGGAUACUGGAAAGCAAGCAUUGAAAUGCCAGAGAAAGUCCUGUUCUUGAAAUACGAAGACCUGAAGAAAAAAACUUCCUUUUGUGUUAAGAGACUGGCUGAGUUCAUGGGAAAACCAUUUUCCCAUCAAGAAGAGGUCGAGGGUUUGCCGGAGAAGAUGGUGAAAUUGUGUAGUUUUGAGAAUCUGAGCAAUUUGGAAGUGAAUAAGGUCGGAAAAGUUGAGGCAACCGGCCAAAAGGAAAUCGGGAAUGGCGCGUUCUUCAGGAAGGGGAUCAUUGGAGAUUGGAAGAAUUGUUUGACUUCGGAGAUGAUUGAGACGUUGGAUCGGAUUACCCGAGAGAUGUUUACGGGUUCGGACUUAGUAUUUGAUUAGUGGGCUAUUUGGGCUUGAAAUGCUGUUGCAAGUGUAUUGGGCUUAUUCAUUUCCAAAAAGGAUUGAUUGAUGCUUGCAAACAGGCUAGGAAAUGGACUAGUUUUCAAAAUUUUAUUUUUUUUUUUUGGUUUGGUGUGUAAUGUGUUUCUUCAUUUUUGGUACAAUAAGUUAGGCGGAAGCCCAGGUUAAGUCCUAAAUUAAAACUAAAACAUUUAGGACUUAGG